GGACGGUAGGGCUUCCGGAUAAGGGCUGUGUUGACGUCACGUGGCGGCCCGCGGGGUGCCGCGCAUCUGAUGACGCUCACAUCGCCUUCCUUUUACUUGGCUGCCUGACAUGGUCGGUUAGAGGAGGGAAACGACACAAUUUGACCACGGGAGGUCAAGAUGCCAACACCGGUUGCGAAAGGAAUUAUUAUCACUGUUUCAGCACUCGUUGCUGCGGGUAUUGCAGUUUAUGAAUCUCCCCAGUUUCGACAAUGGGUCAACACCUCACGGCGAAAGAUUGCCGUCGCAUUGCACAAUCUCGGCGAUGAGAUCCACCCUCCAACCUCUGCCUCACCUAUGAGGCAAGACAUAUCUAUGACUGAGGAGCUGGGCCCGGAAGCUGAAGAGCGUAGGCGGAUAGCAAGGGAAGAGCUCCAACGACGACGUUCCGUGCUUGAAGAACACCGGAAAAGACGAGAAAGUGCUCCCGCAGGAUCGUUCGAUGCACUUGUUGAUGACGAUGGCCGUUUGCUUCGGACCGAGAGUCCGGAUUCUUCUGGAGGACUGGGUAACUCUACCGGCGUGGAAGUGGCACCAUCACAGGCUAUUCAGCGCGGUAAAAACAAUGGUCCUCAGACCCCUAUGGCCGAGACGCAGACCACUGGCGCUGCUCUUUCGAGGAAGAACCUGCAAGUGGCAAUACCAGCAGCCGCAGCCGCAGGUGCAGCUUCUGCAGCGCUUAUUGACUACACACCCACUUCCGAGACCUCAGAUAUGGACUUCUCAACGUCUACGCUGAAUCGUACCGAGGAGGUCGAGCGGCCACUUUCGCGGUCGUCGAGUCAUACAGAGGGUUAUUCUGAAGUGCUUUUUGCUCAUCCGGGUCCUUCGACGAACGAAACCGGCCGUGAUUUGGGAUCGCCCUUUUCCGAUCUGUCGGACUUAGAUUCUACUGGCGCCGAACACCACGAACGACCGUCUACACCGUCGACGGCUGGUAGCUUCAGUCAAAUUUAUGAGUCUGCUGCGGAUGAAUGGUCAGAUGGCACAUUGAGUGACCAUGGACGGUCGACACAAGGAGUCGCCACCCCAGCCAGCUGGUCGGAGAUCGGUAGCGUAGUCAGCAAUGAGGAUCUGCAAAAUCGCUUGUAGGCAUGUGGGAAAUCUGUAUAGAAUAAUUCACUUAUUGGACGGGAUUGCUUGGAGGAUGGCGCGGUAUGGACGGGACAGGUGUCUCGGAGUUCGUUCGAUUUUUGCUGAUUAUGCUACGGUUUCACAUGGUUUUGUAGAAUUUAAUUUUAAAUUUAGUCCAAGCUUCUAUUCAACGCUUUAGUUUAGUUGCAGUUGAAAACCAAAUCUAAGGUGCUUGGCGAUUAUUAAUGAUUUAAUAGUCGGAUCGAUCUUAGUCUGGUUAGUAUGGGGAAAGCAAAAUGAGCCUCGGCUCUUUCUCGGUUGCUGCUGGUAAAGGUCACCCUCGCUCUCCUCCUUUCUUCUAUAUUACAACUCUUUUGUCCCUCCACAAUCCCUCUACUUUCUCUCACCGGAGUUAAUCAUAACUUGGUAAGUGAUGCUGUGUUCUCCCAAUACCCUCUCACAAGUGAAGCGGUCUAGACCACCGUCCUUCCCCGCAUAGGUCCAUACCGCUGCUACAGAAUGAUUUAGCUGUCCCCGUGUUGCUUCUAUCGCUGCUUCUG